AUGAAUCAUUCUGCCCUGGAAAUUGGCUCCUAUGACACCCAUGAAGAGAGAAAGCUCUAUGUUAUUGAUUCCUUAAAUGACUUAAGCAAAGUGAACCUCUUUCCUGAUGGAUCCCAGCAUGUAAUCUCUCCAGAAAAGAAGUUCAUAGGAGGUGCUUUUAGCAGAGGCAAUGGAAUCAGAAACCGAAGCUUAUUCUUUGUGGGGCUGAUCAUUGCCUUGAUCGUCAGCUUGACCCUGGUUUCUUUUGUGAUAUUCCUACUAAUUCAAACUGGAAGCAAGAUGGAUGAAGUGUCAAGAAGAUUAACAGCUGAAGGAAAGGAUAUCGAUGAGCUCAAGAAAAUAAACAGCAUGAUAUUAAAUCGUCUCAAUCAGUUGGAUGCCAUUGAAAACUAA